AACGAGUACUGUGAAUCUGGUGAACGUUUCACAGGGGAACGUAGUUACUUCAGCAUGAAAAUGUUCGCUAUUUGUAACACUCAAGCUCUUGAGUGUUACUUACAUACCCUCCCGAAAGAAAGCAAGCACUGAACACCUGAUAGCUCGCUAGAACUGAUGAGCGGAUUCCUGCAGAGUUUUGCGAAGGCCGUUUCGUGAACCCAGAGAUGGCUGACAAAGUGAAAAUGUUGGGCUUACUUUUUGACAACGACCAAGGGAGCGGGUACAGCCCCGGGGAGGUCGUGUCGGGGCAUGUUUUGAUCGACCUUUCAACGCCUACCAUAAUCAGAGCCAUCCGACUGUUAGCUACAGGAUGUUGUCGAGUUGGCUGGAUUGAGGGAUCACGAAGUCAGCCUGCAUGUGCUCUUAACAUCGUCCCAUCCCCGUUUUUAUCCCGUUGUUGUGAAGAAAGGGAAUAUCUCUGUCUGUCAAAAACGCUCCUAGAAGCAACAGGUAAUGAAGGCCUCAGCCUUGAAGUAGGGCGCCAUGAAAUACCCUUUGAAUUGGAACUGCCUCAAAGACCCCUUGUUCCUUCGUUCACUGGAAAGCAUGGCGGUGUUUGCUAUUCGGUGAAGGCUGUUCUGCAGAGACCACUCCAUCAUGACCAACAUGUUUGCAGAGAACUGCUUAUCAUCAGCCAUGUUGAUGUCAACUCUCCAGAACUGGUGUGCCCUGUGGCAGAAAGUAAUGAGAAGAUGAUUGGCUGCUGGAUCUUUGCCUCAGGUCCCGUCUCCCUGAAUGUCAAUAUUGAGCGAAAAGGAUACAGCAAAGGAGAGUCCAUUCCAAUCCAUGCAGAAAUCGAGAACUGCUCCUCUCGACUGGUCAUGCCUAAAGCAGUUAUUUACCAGAUCCAGACCUACAAAGCCAGAGGAAAAACUAUAAGAUACAAGCAUGUGGUUGCCAGUGUGAGAGGUAAUCACAUCCCGUCAGGCUGCGCUAUCACAUGGAAUGGAAAAACACUGAAGAUACCAUCGGUCUCUCCGUCCAUCCUUAAUUCCGACAUUCUGAGAGUGGAAUACUCCCUAGCUGUUAUAGUUCAGAUACCAGGUGCCAAGAAACUGAAGGUGGAGCUUCCUGUUGUGAUUGGCACUACUUCCUACAGUGGCUUUGGCAGUCGCAGUCUUCACGUGAUCAGUGGGUUCAGCGCAGGCUGGCUCCCCUUCACCCUCCCAGACACACCUGAAGCGCCUCCCAACUAUGCAGAUGUUGUGUCAGAAGAGGAAUUUGACCAGCACCAUCCAACCUUCUCACCUUCCCAGCAGUCAGAUGAGCUGGAGAGGCAGCUGAGUAGCCAGGUCUUCGCUUACAUUCAGCAAUUCCAUCUCCAACCACCUCCACUAUACUCAGAGGUUGACCCAAACCCAGUGCAACAACAGUCAGUAUUUUGUCUCUGAAGGCUGUAACUAACAUGGAUACGCGAUAUUCUACAUAUCUUUCUUUCCAUUUGGAGGAGACCAAAGUAAAAACAGCCUGAGCCUCAGUUGCACAAUAACAAAUGAUUGUGGUGCACAGCAGUUAGGAUCCCUUCAGGUGUCAUAAAGAUGUGAUGUUUUGAGCAAGCACUUGUUUAGAUAGUGGAAACUAAGGCUACGUUUACACAGCAGGUAAAUGUGGCCCAAAUCCGAUCUUUUUCCUCAAAUGUGUCAUCUGUGUGGCAGUCUGAACAGCAAAAAAAUGCAUUGAAUCUGACAUUUUCAAUUCCGAUUUGAGACGCUUUCAUAUAUGGUACUGAAUUCCGAUCUGAUCUGCGGCAAUGUGACUCGGUCUGAACAGCCAGAUCAGAAUUCAUGCGACCUUUACGUCAGUCCAACUCCACAUUCGUUAUUUUGGGCUGCUGAGACUCAUAAACAUUUAGGCUGAUGUUUCUGUACCAUAAAAAUAGAGGAGACUAAUCGCAACCACUCCAUGUUUGAAGAGAUGUUUUGAGUGAAAGAGACCAAGGCUGCAGCAUCAAAGAAUAGUUUAAAGAAUCCAAGGACAGGAACCAAAGUAGUGGCCCUGGCCGGAUAACUUGGAACACAUUGGGGGUGAUGAGCCCAACUGUCAUCAUGAUUGUUUAAGUCUGAAUGAGCCACAUGAAGCGUUGUUAUUUUGCGCAUCCGGGUGUGUUUGGGAGCAUGAUCUGUUCAGACUGAUGUCGCAUUUAAAAGAUAAUGUGAACAGCUAAACAAAAAAAAUGGAUUUGGUGAGAAAAUUAGAUUUGGGCCACUUUUGCCUGCUGUGUAUAUGUAGCCUAAGAUAAUGUGAAAACCUAAUCUAAAGUGCUGUUAGAGUUUAGGAUUAGUAAUUGUGUAAGUACUGUUCAUGUGUUUCUAGCAGCUAUAGCCAACUGUAGCAGCUGAGAAGAUCACUGCAGACAUACACAUGUACAAACAAAAGUAUAGGUUACUGUUUACAUUUUGAAUUGUUCCAGAGCACAGUGGCUCAAUUUCCAUCAUUGUCAAAGAACAGUGGCACUUUCCAUACUCUUCUUGUUUGUUUUUAGUUUGUUUUCUUUGUAUACUUGUUGUGUUCAGUUGACAGUGUAAACUGUUCAACAGUGCUGCUCUUUAGAUCAUUUGUGUGGAAGCAUAGAAGCACUAAAUCAUGAAGCACUUUACAGAUGUAAAUUGGCUUUUACUUGCUUUCACCAACUCACCCAUUUUGCCAUUCGCUUUUAGCUCGUCUUUUCCACAGUCCACUGUUAGCAUUUUCUGAUGAUGUCUUUCAGCUGAAAUGCCUUGUUGAUGUUAUCUCAGAAACUGGAAAUAUGAACUUAGAAGGUUGUUUUUUGGUCAAGCUGGUAACUAUUAUUGUCAAUAUGUACCACAAUUCUCAGGUUUACUGGAAUGUAGGGGUGGGAAUCUUUAGGGACCUCACGAUACGAUUCGAUUCAAUUACGAUUCAGAGGACUGCGAUGUGAUUAUAAAACGAUUAUUGAUGCAUCAAGAUGCAUUUUUUCAAUACAGGAAUUCUAUUACUGUC